AACACUGCGGAGUCCUAUCGCGUCUUUCACUCCCUUCACACUACACUCUUCUCAUUCUCUCUAAUCUCCACUCUUCAAAAUCAUCCAAACAAGCACAAAACGACAAUUACCUCUGCGUUUAGACGGAGAAGUAACCAAAUGGCAGACGUUCCGCCGCCGGAGGGCCAGAUGAACGGCGGAGGAACGGCGGCGCCAAACUCCUCCGAAACCCUCGGAUCGAAGCGCCAGCGAAGACCUAGUGUCCGAUUGGGCGACAUCGGAGACCAGCCCUACGACUCCCACCCUCGCCGGACCACCGCGAAGCCGUGGCGGCUCGCCUUCGACCACAACCGCAAGGACGCCGCAGGUAAACCCUCGAAGACUCGUCCUUUAACGAACUUAACCUCCGCCGCCGAGUUCGGCGAAACCCUAGAGAGCGACGGGAACAUGGACAGCGUCGUGAUUGGUAGUUGGAAAGUGAAGGAUUCGAAGAAAAGGGGUUCGAAGAGGGUUAGAUCGAAUUGGAUUUCGAGAAUCGACGGCGAAGAUGUCGACGACGGGUACCAUCGUGAUUUCGACGUCGAAGCCUCGGAAAGCCCUCUGAAGGAGCAGAGCCCUUUUCAUUCGAUGGAGAAUUUGGGAGUUGAUGGACACGGGCAUGGGAAUGAUAGAGAUGUGCAGCAUUAUCAUGAUAGGAAUGGGAAUGGUGGAAGAGGAGAAGAUGGGGUUAGGAUUUGGCUUAAUGGAUUAGGGUUAGGUCGUUAUGCUCCUGUUUUUGAAAUUCACGAGGUUGAUGAUGAGGUUUUGCCUUUGUUAACUCUAGAGGAUCUUAAAGAUAUGGGGAUCAAUGCUGUUGGGUCUAGAAGGAAAAUGUAUUGUGCAAUUCAGAAGCUUGGGAAAGGGUUCUCCUGAGAUUUGCCUUUUUUUUUUUUUUUUGAUCUUUCUAUUUGCGUGUUGUAGCAUGGGAGAAUUCUCAGCCAUUGCAAAUUAAGAAGCAUGUCUGAACGCUGAGUUGUAGAGCAUGUUCUCACAUAACUUGUUAGCCUUCUGGAAUGGUUAGAAGGACUAAUCGUGAGAAAGGGGAAAACAUCUUAUAAGGAAUUUGGAAAGCUUUUUGCUUAUAACAUAAGGGAAGUGCUGUUUCAUUUCUCCAUUCUAUACGUUGGGUGAUGAAAGAUGAAUCUUUAUAGUUUUUAUUAUGUGGGUAGUCUCUGGCUCUAUUGGCCUCUUUGUAUUUGUAGAUGUGCUAUGAUUCUUCAUGAGUUAUCAUCAUACAUGGGUAAUUAAUAAAGGCCUUUUUCUGUUCAUUCGACGCAUCAUUUGGAACAUAUUUUUUGGUUAAAUUAGUUACUUUUACUCUAUUUUUUUAGCUUAUGUUUUGUGGAUAC